AUCUCAACAGCAGCAAAUUCAGCAGUGAAGCUGAACAAGCUGUUGCAGGGACUGUCCAGUUUAAUUUGCAGUCUCAACUUUUGGCUUCAGUAAUUCAUCAGAUGAGGUGUUGUUAGCCAUGAUGGCAAGACUAAUGCAGGGUUAGUUUCAUCAAGGGAAUUUCCAAGAACAGCCUUUUUCAGGGUUUGCAGGCAAUGGGAUCUCUCAAUUUGAGCUCUCAACUGAGAACAAAUGGGGCCAUUGCAUAUGCCCAAGAAAGGAUGAACAGAGGUCAACUAAGGCAGAAGUUGUCUCAGCAAGCUUCCCUCGCCACAAGUCAGAAGGACAUCAUGUGUGAACCCUCGGUUACCAAUGGGAAAUCUUCUAUGAUUCAAUGUACUUCAUCACAACCUCAGUGGUUGAAGCAACUGCCUAUAAUUACUUCUCCAAAUUCGCCCUCUUACUGUCUUCAACAGCAGAGGCAGCACCAAAUGCUUAUGCAGAAAUAAUUAGCUCCACUUCAACACUUGCGUCAAAAAUCAAUGUGUUUGAAUCCAGAAGAGUUAUCCCAAACUGCGCAGCAGGAACAGCAACUGGGGCAUCCCGAGAUGUAUCAGCAUCAGCAGCAACAACAACAACCUCAGCAGAUUUUGCAUCAGCAGCAGUCUUCUCCAACAAUGGCUGUCCCUACUGACCACAAUUCUCUGAGUUUGACUGGAUCAGAACCAGAUGCCAAUGGAUCUGAAACAACAACUCCCGGGAGUAGUUCAAGUCAGGGGACUGAAGCAAGCAAUCAGCUUCUUGGAAAGAGAAAGAUACAGGAUUUAGUUUUACAGGUGGAUCCGCAGGGAAAAGUUGAUCCUGAAGUUGAAGAGCUUCUUUUAGAGAUUGCUGAUAAUUUUAUUGAUUCGGUUACUACAUUUGCUUGCAAUUUGGCAAAGCAUCGGAAAUCUUCGAUUCUGGAGUCCAAAGAUGUAUUGUUACAUUUAGAGAAAAAUUGGCAUUUGACUGUUCCAGGCUUUUCAAGUGAGGAUAAGAAGCAUCCUUCAGAAGAUUCAUCAAGUGAACUCCACAAGGAGCGUCCAGAAAUGGUACGCACCAUGAUGGAGGCUUCAUCACAAGCUGAAACAAGUACAAGCGGUAGCACUAAGGAGACCAUCAGUCCUGGGCUGGGUGACCAUGUUGGUUCGAGUGACAUAGUCGGACCAUCAAGUUCAGAGGAAUUGGCUUCAGAGCCUAAUGAUCAAAUAUAAUGCAACAUUACCAAGGUUCUCACAUCCCUGGAGUUUGGUAUACCCCUAGCUUCACUGUAAUAAAGUGUUCUAGAAUAAGUUCAACUGUAGUUUGCUUUGUCAACUGAAGAACAUAAACAUAGU